AUGAUGAAUCCCGUCUUGAUAACCACGCUGCUCAUGACGGGAUACACCAGGGCCAAGUCUUCCGUUCUAGGACCCGGCGGCCUUACCAGGACAUUGAGGACAUUCAGUGGGGGCACACCACUGUAUGCCAUCUGGACAUCUGCCAUCAGUGGCGUGCGGAUACCAAACAACCCAACUGGCUGGUUCGGCGCUGGUGAUGCUGCGCUCUCGAUACUCGAAUGCGGCAUUCUCAUAUGGGGCUUCAAGCUCUCUGAAUGUCGCCACCAAAUCUUUAGCAUUGCCGGCCUUCUUUCCAUCAUACUAUGUGCCGCGGCCGCAGCAGGCAACGUCUUCCUCUCUGUUCUCGCCAGUCGAGUCAUAGGCCUCAAUGCGUCUGAGGCGCUCAGCUUCGCGGCCAGAAGCACAACACUUGCUCUCGCUAAGCCUGCCACGGAGGCGAUUGGUGGAAACAGCCCCGUCAACGCAAUGCUCGUUGUGAGCAAUGGCAUACUAGGACAGCUUCUGUACCCAUUCAUCUUGGACAAACUGGGUGUGAGCAGACAUGAAGACGACGAGAUGGCGACAGUUCCAACAGCUCAUGAAACAAUAAUCACGGCCGAGUCGCUACCCACACAAUCGCCCCUGAAUAGCCAUCUCACUUCUCUGAGAGUCAACUCUAACAACACGAUUACUUCUUUAAGCGUCAAUUCCAGUAACACAAUACCCUUCUUCCCCAAAUCAUGGCACCAAACCACCUCCACAACAGACAGCCCCGUCACCGUCGCCGCAGGCAUAGCCAUCGGCAUCAACGGCGCCGCAAUGGGCGUGUCCUACCUCUACGAAACACGAAGCCGCGCCGCGCCAUACGCAGCCCUCUCGAUGACGGUCUUUGGCGUGAUGACGGUGGUUUUUACGACGGUAGAGCCGUUUAAAAGCAUAUUUGUUGGCUUGGCAAGCCGAUGA